UCUCGUCAUAUGAUAACAGGAAGCGGUGCUUGCAUGGGCGUGAUUUAGUGACGUCAUCUGGGGGCGACCGCUCUUCCCUGGGCCCAUGUGAAACGUGACUUUUCAACAAGCCUUCAAGGUGGCUGGGUUAAAUUAAAGGAAAAGUCCUGUAACAUGAGUCAACUCUUCUGCCAACUUGAAGUACCUUAAUUCGAAACCUCAUGGCUCUGAGAUUGUUCAGCCGCUGUGUUCGUCCAUUUGGAGUUGCCUCCAUUCAGUCCGUCUCAACUAAAUUCAGGACUGCCUUGCCGCAGCAUAGUUUGGCUUCUUUAGUUUCCAACCUGCAUUCUUCCCCCAGCAUUGUAGCCACUGGAAAACGGGGUGUGGCAGAUGUCCAAGAGGCAGGAUUCUUUCGGGCUCCAGAACGGACAGAAUUUGAUGAUGUGAUUGAAAAUGCAGAUAAUUUCAGCGAAUUAAUGAAAGCUUGGGAAGAACGAGGGAGCAGUGCUAAUCAGGCUACCCGCAUUAUUGCACAGCUCCGUCGAAUCUGCACAGAAAAAGGAAUACCCACAAAUAACAUUCUUAAGGAUCCGUGCUUCCAGCAGCUGCUCCAAGCCAUUGACACACAGAUCUCAACAGUAUGGAAUGGAAACCUAGUGGGGUUGCUGCGUUGCCUUGGACCCUUAGGCUUAGCCCCUGAACACCCUUUCUUGCGUUCAGUUCAGCAUGAGAUUCACUGGCGACUCCGGCGACUCAGCUAUAAGCAUCUUGUGGUGCUGGUAGAUUUUUUUUCUGAUCAUGCCAGCACUGAUCAGCAAAGAGAAUUGUACAGCAGUGUGGUAAAGCAGCUAGAACUACGUUGGACAGAGAUCACUGAACCUCGCACUAUUGCCCUUCUCAUGAACAAAGUGGGCCAUUUGUUUCCAACAUUGAUGGACCGCCUGGAAGAUAAGGCGUUAGAGUUGGCUGAAAAGUUUACACCUGAAGACGCUAGGAGGGUGGCCCUGGCUUUAGCUACUCAGAACCGCCGUUCAGUCCCACUGUUGCGUGCUCUUUCUUAUCACCUAUCACAAUGGCGUGGAACAGAAUUAAAAACUGGUUUGCUUCUUGAUCUUGCUUUCACCUAUGGCAAACUAAAUUUUCAUCAAAGCCAGGUUUUCCAGCGGAUUGCAGCAGAUCUGCUGCCUCGUGUUCCUGAUCUUUCAGCUAGUGAUGCCACCCGCUGUGCCAAGUCCUUUACAUUCCUUAAAUGGCUAAAUCUACCUCUGUUUGAGGCCUUUACACAGCAUAUAUUGGAUAACAGUAAAAGUUACAACUCAAAUCAUCUCUGCAACAUGGUGCUGGCCUUUGCCCGUCUCAAUUAUCAACCCAGUAAGGCAGAUGAAUUCUUUGAUGUGGUUCACAAGAAUCUAGGGAAAGCAAUGGAUCAGUUAGACCCUUUUCUGCAGGUAGACCUGGCAUGGUCUCUUUGUAUUCUGCAGCAGACUGAAGGUGGCACCUAUAUUCAAACAGUUCUGGAGCCCAGUUUCUGCAGGAAUCUGACAGGUCUAGGCGAGAGCCAGACAAAGAUUGAGAGUUACAAGCUAAAACUGAUGCACAUCAAUGCCACAGCAAGGCUAGAGUGCCCAGAAUACCAAGGACUAGCCCUUACAGAAGAGAUGCACAUAUAUCCAGAGGAGAAGAAACCCUCACCACUUCAGUCUGGCCUGAGAGAGGCUCUCCGUGGCCUUACUGGAGAUAAUGCAGAUAUGUAUCGCACUGCCAUCAAUACUGUGCAUGGCUGGCUGAUUGAUGGUGAGCUGCUAUUAAAUUCAGAGAAUAAGCCCAUUCCUUUGGGGGUCCAGCCGACUGGAACACAAGUUGGUGGUUGUCACAGGAUAGCUUUCCUGGCUUGUGAAUUUCCACACUAUGUCUCUAAAAGUAAAGAUCUCCUGGGAAGAUUUGUGAUGCAGCGACGUCAUUUACGACGAGCAGGCUACCUCAUAGUGGAUGUACCAUACUUUGAGUGGCUGGAGCUUAAAUCAGAUUGGCAGAGGGUAGCUUAUUUAAAGGAUAAGAUUGGAAAAACUGUGGCUGAAGAUAUGGCAAAGUGAAUCCUUAUUAACUCAUUAAUGCUGUGUUUGCAUUGGAGGACUCCAGUAAGGUUUCCAAGCAACCAAGAUUCUUGCUGCUGAGAUUUUACUAUCCUGUCAUUAUGGCAUCCACCUACCGCUUGUUUUGUUUCUAUGGCAACUUGCUGGCCCGUCUUUGAUAAAGGAGAUGUAUGUUCAA